AUGUCGGCAAAAAUGAGAAAUGUCCCAAGGCCGCCACCCAUUCAGUCAAAGUUUCCAGACAAAACCAGAUGGUGUGAAUUCCAUCGUGGGUACGGGCAUUAUACAAACGACUAUUUUAAUUUACAGAACGUCAUUGAACGGUUGAUCAAAGAAGGAAAGUUACAGAAGUACGUGAGAAGAGAUGUAGAUGGUAGCAAUGACGACAAAUCCCGACGACCAUACUGUAGUCGGAGCCCACCAGGAGGAAAAGGACAAGAGGCAGGCAAGAUUCCACAACAAAAGAAAACAUCUCCCAAUCCGGUCCAGUUGGGUGACGUAUGUACUAUAGCCGGAGGGCGAGCAGGAGGAGGAGAGUCGAGUAAUGCUCAGAAAAAGAAUUUAAAGAUGUGCAUGGCCAUUUCAGAAAAGCCGCGUUUUAAGGAAGAAAGAAGGAAGACAGGCAAACAAGUAGUUUUUGAUGACCUGGAUGAUGAGAUAAUUGAUCCAGAGCACGACGAUCCUUUAGUCAUUUAUGGGCAGCUAGCAAAUUAUCGCGUUGAUAGAAUGUUGGUAGACCCGGGGAGCUCGGUGGACAUUAUAUUUUUGGAUGCGUUUAGAAGAAUGGAUUUGGAUUAUGACCAGUUGGAGCCAUGUGGAGCCGAGUUAUUAGCUUUCACGGGAGAUAAAAUUAAGCCAUUGGGAUAUAUCCCAUUGAGGAUGACGUUAGGCAAGGCGCCCGCGCACAAAAUGGUCACUUUGAUGUUUGCAGUAGUAGAUUUGAGCUCGGCGUACAAUGUUAUCUUGGGGCGGCCAUUUAUGAAGAUGUUUAAAAUCUUCUUGUCGAUUGAUCAGUUGGCUAAGAAAUUUGUAGCCAAAGAUGAGUCAGUAGCUACGAUAAAGGCAGACCAAGUGGUUGCUCGGAGUUGUUAUAAUAUGAGUCUACGAGUUCCUCAAGCACGUAAGGAGAAAAAUAUUGUGGAGCCACCACAACAAGCCAAAGAAGGAAAUAUACAAAGAGAAGAAGAAGGAAAGAAAGAAGAACAAGUAAUGGUGGUGGGGAUGGAUCCUCGGGAGGAGGACAAAGUGGAUAGGUCGGAACCUGCCGGUGCAAUGGAAGAAGUUCAAUUAGGGAUAUCUCCACGGUAG